UGAAUCUUAGAUAAAUUUUGUACCUGAUAGAAGAGGUAUGUUGAAUUGAUAGUUAUUAUAUAGAAAAAAGAAUAAAAAGAGAAUAGAAACGAAAAGAUUAGCAUAUAUAAGACUGGAAUGAAAAUUUUAAUAACUAUAUAGAAAUUAAUAAAAUGAAUGUGCCUAUGCCAUAACCCAAACUUAUUACUCAAGAUAACUCGAAACUAUAAAAUGAAGUGAUAGGUUUUUUUAAGUCAGGAGAUCUUAGAUGGAACACUGGUGCAACGAUUCCAGAAAAGAAGGAAGGAUUGAAUUUGAUUAUAUAAGGUUUAAAGAAAAUGCAAUUAUGGAUUGAGAGUAUAUUGUUUAGAUUGUAUGUUAUAAGGAGAAUAUGAUGUAGAGAGGAAAAAGUAAUUGUAGUUUCAAUAUGAUUAAAGAAAGGAGGAAACAGUAAAAAGAUUGGAGACAUUAGAGAAAUAUGAAAAAGGGGAAGUGAUAUAGGAAUCUAGUGGAAGUGGUGGUAGUAAUCAAUAACAAUAAAAGUAAUAUAAUUAAAUAAGUUAGAAAAUAGGGAGAGAAAGAUUAGAAGAGUGAAUUAUCAAAUGCUUUAUCUGAAGCAAUAGUAAAAGAUAAACCUAAUGUUAAAUGGACUGAUAUAGCAGGGUUAGAUGGAGCCAAGUCUGCUUUAUAAGAAGCUGUUCUUCUUCCUAUAAAAUUCCCUGAUUUCUUUGAAGGAGCAAGAACACCUUGGAAGGGAAUACUAAUGUAUGGAGUAAAAAUUUAAAUAAUUCAAUUAGCCUCCAGGGACAGGAAAAACAUUUUUAGCAAAAGCUUGUGCAACUGAGGCAGAAGGAACGUUCUUUUCAGUAUCAUCUGCUGAUUUGAUAUCAAAAUAUGUAGGAGAGAGUGAGAAAUUGAUAAAAACAUUAUUUUCAAUGGCAAGAGAAUAAAAACCAUCAAUUAUUUUUAUUGAUGAAAUUGAUUCAAUGUGUGGAGCUAGAGGAGAAGGAUAAAAUGAUGCAAGUAGAAGAGUAAUUACAGAAUUUCUGGUUUAAAUGUAAGGAGUAGGACAUGAUGAUAAAGGAGUACUAGUUCUUGGUGCAACUAAUUUACCUUGGGCUUUAGAUACUGCUAUUAGAAGAAGGUAUCAAAAUAUUUUUGAUAUUUUCAGAUUUGAAAAAAGAAUCUAUAUUCCACUUCCUGAUGUUAAAGCUAGAGAAUAUAUGAUUUAAAAUUCACUUAAGAAAACCACAACUACUUUAACUCAAUAAGAAUUCGAAGAUCUUGCUAUUAAAACAGAAGGAUAUUCUGGUUCAGAUAUUAGUGUCUUAGUUAGAGAUGCUGUUUACGAACCUGUAAGAAAACUACAAUCAGCUAAGAAAUUUAAAUAGAUCAAUGUUAAUGGUAAAUUUAAAUGGACUCCUGUUACUGAUAAUGAAGAAGGUACUCCUAAGACUUUCAUGGAACUUAAUCAAGGUGAUAUUGCUAUUCCUGAUGUUUGUUACAAUGACUUCUUAUUAGCUUUAAAGAAAUCUAAGAAAUCCGUUUCCUAAGAUUAAUUAGUAGAAUUUGAAAAGUGGACUAAAGAAUUUGGACAAGAAGGUUGAUUAUUACCUUUAUAUACAUACGAA